GCUCUGUCCCGGCUCUGUCCCGGCUCUGUCCCGGCUCUGUCCCGGCUCUGUCCCGGCUCUGUCCCGGUUCUAUCCCGGCUCUAUCCCGGUCCUGUCCCGGCUCUAUCCCGGCUCUAUCCCGGUUCUAUCCCGGUCCUGUCCCCUCCCGUCCCCAUCCCUGUCCCCAAUGUCCCCCUCCGUGCCCCCCCAGCGCGGUCCCCUGGCCCUGCUGGCCGCGGCCACCUCGUGUCCCCUCUGUCGCUGUCCCCUGGAGGACCCGGUGCUGCUGCCGUGCGAGCACCGCUGCUGCCGCCGCUGCCUGCUGGCCCCGGGGCUGUCCCCGUCCCCGGGGGUGUCCCCGCUGUCCCCGGGGGUGUCCCCGGGGGUGUCCCCGCCGUGUCCCCUCCUGUGUCCCCAAUGUCGCCGUCCCUGCGCUCCCGGACGCGUCCGCACCGCGGUGGCGCUGGCGGUGGAGGCGCGGAUCGCGCGCAGGCUGGCGGGGCACGGCAGCGACACCGGAGGGGACAAAAGCGACAAAAGUGACAAAAGCGGCACCGGAGGUGGCACCGAGGGGACGGCGAGGAGACGGCGCCGGAACGGGACCAGCCUCGGGGCCCAACUGCGAGCGGACGCCGCCCCUCCCCCACCCGCGGCCGCCCCUCCCCCACAAUAA